AUGACGUGCGACAUGGAGUCCCAAGACCAAUCAUCCAUGUACAUCAGCGACCGCGAAGACGAAUACAGCCGCCAGCCUGAUUCUGCGUCUCAGCAGCCGCGCGCUGUUGAGCCGCCCACCCCCAUAUUCUUCUACGAUGCCCAGGACGUCUACGGGCAACUCAGCAACAUGUACCCAAGCAGCUUUAAGAAUUCGAUCUUUACCUACGGUCCCCCGAAGUACAGGGAAUACUGCUGCGUGGAGCAGUUUUUCCAGCAUGCUAAGGCGCUUUGGGCGAUGGACACUGGAAGUUCAAGCAACGUCUCGUACAAGGUCAUGUUGAAGGCAGUUGGCUUGAAAUUCACCGUCUCAGAGUCCUCUGAUGCUCUCCGCGCAGUCCUCCUCGCAACCUCUGAUCGCGAGAUCGUCGAGGCAUCAAGGGACAUGACUUGGGGCUGCGGCUUGACGCUCGAGGAGGCGAGAAAGCACAAGGGCAGCUGGCCUGGAAAGAACCUUCUCGGGAAGGCGCUUAUGGAGAUACGUCAAGAAAUAGUGGACGAAAAGGGACGCCAGACUCGCGGUUUCGCUCCGCCAAACGAUGCAGUCGCGGGAGGUGAGUUAUACCUUUUCGCAUCCUUGUGGUUUACCAUCAUGAGUCUACACGAAACGUCGAUGCUGCUGACGCUGGUUCCCAAAGCUAGUUCGUUGUUACGGCAGAUCUCGGAGAACUGA